CGCCGGAAGAGAAGCCAGCCUCUUUCCCAGCCAUCUUACGGCCACCAGCCAGCACCGAGCUCCGCGCUCCCGGCCUCGUAGAAUCGGAGGACAUCCGCCUGGAACGGGGCCAUCAUGCCCGGACACUUGCAGGAAGGCUUCGGCUGCGUCGUCACGAAUCGUUUCGACCAGCUAUUCGACGACGAAUCCGACCCGUUCGAGGUGCUGAAGGCAGCCGAGAACAAGAAGAAGGAGGGACCGGGGGGACCGGGCCAGAGCGCAGCCAAGACGGCGGCCCAGGCCGCCAAGCAGCCUAAGAAGGAAUCCCAGAAGGACCGCAAGUACCCGCUGCCCGACAAGAAGGAGGACGCGCCGCCACCCGUGGCCCUCAAGAAGGAAGGGAUCAGGAGGGUUGGCAGGAGACCAGAUCAGCAGCAGCCACCCCAACCACCUCAGCAGCAACAACAGCAGCAGCCUCCAACGCAGGCCCCGCAGGGUGAAGGGAAGCCUAUCGACAGACGGCAAUCGGACAGACGGCCUCCUCGCGAGAGGCGUUUCGAGAAACCAGCCGAAGAAAAAGGUGAAGCAGGAGAAUUUUCCGUGGACAGACCCAUCAUUGACAGGCCAAUCCGUGGUCGCGGUGGCCCAGGCGGCCGGGGUGGACGUGGCGGCCGUGGACGCGGACUGGGCAGAGGAGAUGGUUUUGACUCUCGUGGCAAACGUGAAUUUGACAGACACAGCGGCAGUGACAGAGUUUCUUCACAUUUCAGUGGGCCGAAGCAUGAGGACAAGAGGGGCGGCAGCGGAUCACACAACUGGGGCACUGUUAAGGAUGAGCUGAGCGAAUUGGACCAGUCAACCGCCACCGAGGAGACACCCGAGACCGAAGAGCAACCGCCUGCUGAUUCUGAGAACAAGGAAAACGAGUCAGAGGAGGUCAAGGAAGAGGGACCUAAGGAAAUGACGCUGGAUGAAUGGAAGGCUAUGCAGGACAAAGAGCGCGCAAAAGUUGAAUUCAACAUCCGGAAACCAAACGAAGGCGCCGACGGCCAGUGGAAGAAAGGUUUCGUCCUGCACAAGUCGAAGAGUGAAGAGAACAUCAAUGAAAAGGUUCAAGCAGAGUGUGAAAGUUUGGAUCAUCACUUCCGUAAGCCUGCAAACGACAUCACAUCCCAACUUGAGAUCAAUUUUGGAGACCUUGGCCGCCCUGGACGCGGACGUGGUGGAGGAAGAGGUGGCCGCGGACGUGGCAGCGGCGGAACUGGCGGAAGGCCCAGUCGUGGUGGUAGAACUGACAAGUCAAGCGUCUCUGUUCCUGACGUAGAUGACCCCGAGGCUUUCCCAGCUCUGGCUUAAACUGGAUGACUACAGUCCAUCCCUGGUGCCCUUGCGGCCCUCCCUUCUACGAGGCUUGCAUGCUUAAGGAUCCUAAACAACUACAAAUUAAAGACUGUCGAUCAUACCAUUCACACCUACGGGACUGAAUUUUAUCUGUUUUAAAAAUGGACUUCUCUCGCUACAGAAGCAACCAUACGGUAGUUCAGUUUUGUAUUUAGAUACGUACUGGUAGCAGGGACGUUUUCAUAAUUUUUCCAGAGAUUCUGCAUUCUUCAUGAAUACUUUUUUGUAUGGCUGCUUGAAAAUAAUGCGUUUCCAAACUUGAAAUAUAGGUGUGAACAGUGUGUAUACCAGUUAAAGCUUUCACCUCAUCUGUGUUUUUAUUCUCCUCAAACUAUUUUUAUUUUUGUUUUGUUUUUUGGCAAGCUUUAGUUUUAUGCUAACACUAGAAUUUUUUUUUUAUUUAUAUUUUGGAACUGGUUUAAUUUUUAGCCUAAAUGUCUCGUGCCCUGCUAAAUUUAAAAAGAAAAUUGAUGAUUUUUUAUUUUUUUUAAACAAAUGCCUGAUUUCAAUUUGGAGAGGUAACGUUCUCUGUAAAUGGUGAACCUUUUAUAGACUUGAAAAAAAAUUCAAGGUACACGUUCUGUCGCCCCUGGUCCUGGGUGGGCUAGAGAGCAGUUUUGCUGGAACAUUGAACCAGUUUGGUGCCGCUGUUCCUGGGCUUGUUCCAGAAUUGUCGUAUUCUCUUCCGACUGCGUAAAAGCUUUAAAUAACAAACGCAUAACAAACGCAGUGGGCAGCGGAAUAUCGGAUGGGACAAGAAUUUAUAUAUUUUUAUUUUCAAAGUGCACGAAGGGAACUUCUCCCAUGCACCAAAAGUUUAAUUAUAUAUAAGGAAUUGUUUUACUGCAGCUCUUGUGUUAGGAGAAGUGCAUUAUAUAUAGCACUAGGGAAGGCCUAUAGGUCUCGCUAAGGCCCUGUUUUAAAAUGAAAUAACCGGCAUCACUAUAGGGGGAGUAAAUAAGUCUGUUUGCUUGGGAAGCAUAAGAUUCCCCCCACUUCGACGUGAAAUUGUCCUGUACUUUCAGCUUUUCAGUUUCACGGGUUGACAGGUGAAUGUCCCCCCCCCCCCCCCCACCCCCCCCUUCAGGGGGAUAUUAUACAAGUCCCGUACACCUUAUUUUUUAUUUUGUUUUUUUUAGAUUUAUUUAAAUUGUUCCUAAGACUUAAAAGGAAAAAAAUAAAUAAAAAUGACCACUUCUAAAAGGACACAACAGGAUACUAAAAAAAUAAAAAAAUGACACAAAAAGAAUAAAAGAAGAAAACGAUUAAAAAAAAAAAAUUGUCUACAGUGUUUUAGGAUAAGAAACUCAUUUUAUUUAAUAUUCUUUUUACACUUUUUAGCAGGCUAUACAAUUUGUAGGUUCUAUCUGCAUAGGUUAAUGGAAAACAAAUAUUAUUGCCCUAUUUUUAUAAAAGUUGUACAGUCAACGGAGUAUUCAAUACUGGCGAGUAAAACGGUGGCACAAGCUGUGCUCUGCGUGUACUGUACUCUGCCGGGUGUACAUUAUCCUUCCAGCGCUGUCAGGGUCUGUAUUUUUAUACAGCUGGCUAGCCGUUUUGAGAUUAUUUUCUAGGAGAUAUAAUUUACUAUGAGGCUACAAAGCAGAGGUAUUAUAAACGUCGGUGCAUUAACCUAUGAAUUAAAUAAGCCUUCACAUAACGGAGGCAAAUUUUCAGCGGUGGAGGCAAUUUGCAAUAGCGAGGAGCGGGAUAUUUAUCGAUAGCUGAUAAUGCUCCCUUGGGACAAUCAAGUUCCCCGUGAGACGUUUUAAAACAAAAAAAUUGCUAUUUGCCGUUUAUCCAGCUGUAUAUAUGUAGUGCUGCCUUUUUUUUUUUUUUUCUUUUUUUUUUAUCCUAAAAAAUACUUCAACUUUAACUAAGGCUUUUAUAAGUGGCUUUGUAGUGGCAACAAAGUUGUAAAUUGUCAAAAUUUAAUGUGGCGUUUCGCCACUGCGGCUCCUUCUGACGCAUUGUGAACCUGUUACCCGCUGCCUGCCUGCCAACACUGUAGAAAGCACCGUUUUCUGUGGCCGCAGCCAACCCGGAAUUAUUCGUUACAGAGCUUUAAGUGCACACAAUAGGUUACCUAAGUUAUGGCAAUGCAUCCAAUAGAAGUCUUUGAUCUGCGUAAAAACUUCUAAUAGCCGGUAAACCAAGGUCCAUCCGACUAAGUUGAUGUUUCAUAGUUGUAAAUUUGCCUCCAGUCCAUUCUUUGUGUGAACUGAAACUGUGAACCGAUCUGUCUUUUUGGUGGAUGCUUAUUGAAUUAAAGGUUAAUUUUCAUGCUUUUGCCAGUGUA